GAUGCAUGUGAAUUCGACACGUCACGCACCAUCACUGUCGACGAACAUCCUCGCCCAGCAGCCCCAGUUAGGAGCACCUCUGUGAGAGAAGAAUCCCGCUGUUAGCCCGCUCGGUGCCGCGUCGUCAGGACGCCGCUUCAGACGGUUCCAGGACCUGACGACAUGGGGCGAGUCCUUCCCCGUCGGACGCGUAGGGCGGCGAACAUGAGGCACGCCCUGAAGUACGUGAGGCUCUGGAAGGCGUUAGCGUAGCGGAAGUACGAGAUGAGGGCGCGGACUGACGAUUUCCAGGCCAGCCUCCUCGGCCCAUGACGAGCAAUAUAGUGGCCACGACACCCAAAAUGCAGUGAUGUCGGUGAGAAGCGGUGCUUCACAGGGCAGACCGUCGUCGAACAGUGACCGAAGGCAACCAGAUGACAGCCCGAAUCAGCUAGAAGGAGGCGUGCGCCCUGCGUCAGAGAUCGAGAGCAUGCCAUCGACUCCAGCCCGCCAGGGAAGGCGGCCUUCAACGCGGUCGCGCGAUCGCAAUUAUGCGGUUGUUGUUGGGUUGUCACUGUAGUCGUAUACCUCGUUGCU